AAAGGUGAAGGAGUUCGACGACGAGUUGGCGAAACUUUCAGAAAGGAUAAAAGACUACAAGGUAGUUAAAGAAAAGGUCGACUUGCUCUCAACUGCCACUACAUUAAACCUAUGGUUGAUGAGGCGAAGACAAAGGUGAAGGAGUUCGACGACGAGUUGGCGAAACUUUCAGAAAGGAUAAAAGACUACAAGGUAGUUAAAGAAAAGGUCGACUUGCUCUCAACUGCCACUACAUUAAACCUAUGGUUGAUGAGGCGAAGACAAAGGUGAAGGAGUUCGACGACGAGUUGGCGAAACUUUCAGAAAGGAUAAAAGACUACAAGGUAGUUAAAGAAAAGGUCGACUUGCUCUCAACUGCCACUACAUUAAACCUAUGGUUGAUGAGGCGAAGACAAAGGUGAAGGAGUUCGACGACGAGUUGGCGAAACUUUCAGAAAGGAUAAAAGACUACAAGGUAGUUAAAGAAAAGGUCGACUUGCUCUCAACUGCCACUAGAAAUGUAGAAGUCCACCCUUUGAGAAAUGGGAAAAUGAAAAUUCCAAAUCCACCCCCUUUCAAAGGAGUGUGAGAUGCACGGUCAGUAGAUAAUUUCCUCUUCGAUCUGGACACUUACUUUAAGGCCACGAACACCACCUCAAACGAAGAAAAAUUGAGCCUUGUUCCAAUGUUUUUAGCAGAAGAUGGCAAGCUAUGGUGGCGCACCAAGGUUGAGGAUGUGUAAGCUGGCCAAACCAGUAUGAGCACUUGGGACGAGUUUUGCCAAGUAUUGAAAUCAGCAUUCUACCCCGAGAGAAUGGCAUAUAUUGCUCGGCAUAGGUUGGCAAAAAUACAGCAUACAGAUUCUGUUCGAGAGUAUGUGCGACAAUUCACCCAAUGCAUGCUGGAUAUCAAAACUAUGGGGGAUGACGAUCGAUUAUACUUUUUCUGGAAGAAUACAACCAUGGGCUAAGGAUAAGUUGGACGCUCAGAAGGUCGACGACUAUGAAUCGGCGAUAAGAGCAGCAGAGGCACUGAAUGACUAUGGGCGGAACUUUCCCAAACGCAAAUUCGGUCAACCAUGUGCGGGUGAGACCCACAGGUGGGGGAGCAAGUUCAACCAAUUCAAAAGUGAAUGUGGAAAGGAGGCCUUGGAACUCCAGCUAUAAAAAUGCCCCAAGUCAGGCAAUAGUCGAGAAUGCUGAGCCACGAAAGAACUUCACUUUCCCAGAGGAACGUUGAGCACCCGGAGGAAAUAACAUGGGAGGGGGAGUGGCUAGAACCAUCAAAUGUUUCUUUUGUAAAGGGCCGCAUAAAAUAUCAGAAUGCACGGUAAGAGACAAGGCCAUGAAUGCCCUCUAUCUACAAGAAGAAAGCAAGCAUGAAAGACUGUCUUCAGACUCAGGCAAUGUUGAUCGUGCUGUAGUUGGAGCAUUGAGAUUCUUAGGGGCCUUGGAAUGACAGGCUGGGGAAAAGACCGUACCACCUAAAAAGGGAUUGAUGUAUAUUGACUUCACUCUAAACGGAAAGUCAGCAAAGGCGAUGGUGGAUACGGGAGCAACGAAUAACUUUUUGAAUUUUCCCAUGGUAUCGAAAUUCAAACUACAAGUGAAGAAGGAUUCGAGGAAGUUGAAGGCAGUGAAUUCGGAGGCAGUCAAAACAGUGGGAGUUGCUGCUGAUGUCCCAUGUCGAGUAGGGUCUUGGGAAGGGAACAUAAACUUCACAGUGGCUCUGAUGGAUGACUUCGAUAUUGUUUUGGGAUUGGAUUUUUUGAAUGUGGCAAAGGGCAUGCCGAUCCCUACUGGGAAUUGUCUUAUUCUGAUGGGGGAACAACCGUGUGUUGUGCUAGCAACUAUUAGUCCCAUUAAUGAAAAGAAGCUGUUAUCAGCCCUCCAGUUCAAGAAAGGGAUAAAGGGGGAUGAACCCUCGUAUGUAGUAAUCCUAAUCCAUAAAGAAGAGAUAGAGCCCACUGGCCACCCCGAGUUCAUCAAUGAGGUGAUGUUGGAAUAUAAGGAUAUUAUGCCGGAGCAAUUGCCUAAAAUCAUACCUCCCUGUCGAGAUGUUGAUCACCAGAUUGAGCUACUACCUGGGGCCAAACCUCCUGCUCGGGCCCCCUAUAGAAUGGCACCACCAGAAUUAGUAGAGUUGAGAAGACAACUAGAUGAGCUUUUAGAGGCAGGAUUUAUCAGACCCUCUAAGGCUCCUUUUGGGGCCCCAGUACUAUUCCAGAAGAAGCAAGAUGGUAGCCUGAGACUUUGUAUCGAUUACCGAGCUCUGAAUAAGGUCACGGUGAGGAAUAAAUACCUCAUCCCACUGAUAGCAGAUCUGUUCGACCAGUUGGGAUAAGCUCGGUAUUUCACCAAGCUAGAUCUUCGAUCGGGCUAUCACCAAGUCCGUAUAGUCGAAGGGGAUGAAUCUAAAACAACAUGCGUGACUCGGUAUGGAGCAUUCGAAUUUCUUAUCAUGCCUUUUGGUUUAACUAAUGCACCUGCUACUUUUUGUACUGUAAUGAACUAGGUAUUUUAUGAGUAUCUGGACAAAUUUGUGGUGGUGUACUUAGAUGACAUCGUGGUGUACACCAACAGCCUAGAAGAGCACAAAGCCCAUUUCCAGCUGGUCUUUAACAAGUUUCGAGAGAAUAAACUGUUCUUGAAAAAGGAAAAGUGUGCCUUUGGCCAGCAACGCAUCAAAUUCUUGGGACAUGUCAUUGAACAAGGCCGGGUCAAAAUGGAUGAAGCAAAAAUUCAGGCCAUUAAAAAGUGGAUGAUCCCGUCUAGCGUGACAGAACUUCGAUCCUUCUUGUGAUUGACCAACUACUGCAGGUGCUUUAUACAGGGAUAUUCACACAAGGCUUGGCCGUUGACGGAGUUAUUAAAGAAGGGUUAGGCUUGGGUAUGGUCGCAGAAGUGUCAAGAAGCUUUUAAGAAUCUCAAAGGGGCUACAAUAGCAAAACCUGUAUUGGCUCUUCCAAAUAUGCUACAGCCUUUUGAGGUGCGGACAGAUGCCUCUAGCUUUGCCUUGGGUGGAGUGUUGAUGCAAGAAGGCCAUCCAGUAGUGUUCCGAAGCAGGAAGUUGACUGACAUUGAGAGGCAUUAUGCAACACACGAGAAAGAACUAUUGGCUAUAGUUGAUUGCUUGGAGGAAUGGAAACACUACCUUUUGGGAUCGAAGUUUGUGGUGAAAAUAGAUAAUUUAGCUGCUAGCCAUUUUCUUACUCAGCCUAAGCUAACUAGUAAAAAAGCUAGGUGGCAAGAGAAACUAGCUGAAUUUGAUUUCUCCUUAGAAUACAAACCGGGAUCAACCAAUAGUGAAGCAGAUGCAUUGAGUAGAAAAGCCGAACUCGCAUCCUUGAAAAGAAUUGCCCAUUUAUCCAGGUGCCAAGUAGCUACCUCUCUUAAAGACAAAAUUCGAGCACAGCUGAACAAAGAUCCUCAAGCAGUCACAAUCUUGAAUUUGGCAAAAGCGGGGAAAACGAGACAGUUUUAUAUAGAAUAUGAUUUAUUGAUGACGAAGAAGAAUAGAAUUUAUGUCCUAAAAGCAGGUAAUCAUCGAAGACUACUCCUUCACGAAUGUCAUGAUACUUUAUAAGCAGGUCACCCAGGCUGGCAUAGAGCCUUGGCACUCAUCCAACAAGGAUACUACUGGCCACAAAUGGAGGAGGAUGUACAGGAAUAUAUGAAGACUUGCUUGACUUGCCAACAUGACAAGGUAGAAAGAUAGAAACAUGCUGGGCUCUUGGAACUAUUACAAGUACCAAGUAGACCAUGGGAAAGCUUCGCUCUAGACUUCAUCAGCGGCCUGCAUAAAGUUGGAGAGUUUGACACCAUAUUGGUCAUCAUUGAUCGAUUUUCCAAGUAUGGCACUUUCAUUCCCAUGGCAAAAAUAUGCUCAGUAGAGGACACGGCGCAAGCAUUUUUUCGAUGUGUGGUCAAGGAUUGGGGUGUCCCAAAGAGUAUUGUAAGUGACAGGGAUAGCAGGUUCAUAGGAUCAUUUUGGAGAGAGUUGUUCAAGAUGCUUGGCUCACAGUUGAACUUGUCCACCAACUUUCAUCCCCAAACUGAUGGUCAAACAGAACGGUUCAAUAGCCUGCUUGAGGAGUAUCUUCGUCAUUUUGUUUCUGCUAGUCAGAAAAAUUGGCCCACUCUACUAGAUAUUGCCCAAUUUUGUUUCAAUGCUCAAAAGAGCUCUGCUACUAAUCAAAGUCCAUUUGAGAUUUUUACAGGUCAACAAACAUUGCUCCCUCAUACACUGGACAGAUCACACACUGGGCGAAACCCAAAGGCAUACCAAUUCACCGCAGAAUGCGAACAAAAUGCGGAGAUGGCUAGGGCGCAGUUAGAGAAAGCAGUAUAACGCAUGAAGAAAUGGGCAGAUCAAGACCGCCGACCACUUACAUUUGAAGUCGGAGAUUUGGUGCUGAUCAGGAUCACGUCCGACUAGUUCCGGUUUCCCAACCAUGAUAAGAGAUUAAUGCGCUAAUACAAAGGCUCGGUUCCCAUCAUCACCAAAGUAAGGAAGGUAACUUACAAAGUAGACACGCUAGCUUGGAUGAGAGUCCACCCUAUGUUCCACGUCAGUCAGCUCAAGCCUUAUCAUCCAGAUAUGAAUGAUGUCAGCAGGGGUAAGCCAUAACGACAUGCCAUUCGUAAGAAGCCAUUCUUUGCCAAAGAAGUGGCGAAGAUCUUAGAGACUCACAAGCUGAAAGGAAGUCGACAUCAAGAGUAUUUAGUACAAUGGAAGAACCUACCGCCGUCAGAGAACACUUGGGAGAAAGAAGAAGACCUUCAUUAAUUUCAAGACAAGUUAUAUGAGUACCAUCAAGGCACCCUUUCCUACAAAAGAGCACUUCAGGAGCUAGAGUCUUAGUGACGAGUUGAUGAGGGCGUUGACCGUUUGGGUGAGGGAGAAUGUAAGGAAGUAACUAGUGCUCAAAGUCACUUGGAUGUUAGAGUCCUUGUCCCAGCCCUUCAUAGGUGCCCUUACGCCUAUGGAAGGUGCCAUUGGUUGCCUUAUUGUAAUCUUGGUUGCCUUGAUGUAAUAUUUGAUAUAUAUAAAUAAGAAUUACCCUUUUACCCCUACGUGUGAUGUUGUUAUGUGUUCCUCAGUGAUACUUGAAUUGUUCUUAUAUUUGAACCCAUAUGAUUAUAUAUAGGUAUUAUGUGUUCUAAUGUCUAUUAUUGGCUUACACAUAACUAAUUGAUACCCUUGCUGGCUUGUUUGAAAGUGUGCCAAGCAAGCGCUGCACGGUCCGGUCUUGGUGCGUGGUUAGGGACCGUGACAAAUAUCUAGCUGCGGCACACCCCAAUCAUUUGCUGAAACUGUAGAAUACCGGAAAACGAAAAACCCGAGACUAUCAUAUCAUCCCCCAACUAACCAAGCUCGUUUCCUUUUAUCUCAUAAUCGGAAAACCCUGUAUAAAAUCUCUAGGGUUAGGUUAAUUUUAUUUUUUAAUUUUUUUUUUGGUUGUGCAAUUUAAAAAAUGGAAGCUAAGCAAUUACUCAAGGACAAGAAAUUCUGGUUCGCUUCUUUCCUCAUUGCCUGGGCUGCUGCUCUUCAGGGGCAUAUGAUGUGGUUACAGAGGCAGGAUUCUUUCAAACAGAAAUUUGGGACAGAGAAUGAAAAUGAUAACAAUGAUGCCCAGAAUGACCCAUAAAAGGCAUCACUGUUCGAAGCUUUGGCAAAAGAGAGUACUAAUGAAGAGACUGGUUUUGAAACUGUGUAUGUACAGAAAAUCCAAUUCUUGAAUUUCAGAAUUUGCUUCAAACGGUAUCUGUUUUUCAUUGUGUUCGGUUGUUGCUAAAGCAAUAUAAUGCUAUAUCUUAAGUAACUUAAAUGCUUCUGUAUAUGCCUUUUCUUUACGGUUUUUCUCCUUUUAGAGUAGGGGAAAAGAUAAUUUUGAUUGAAUGAAUGAAAUAUCAAUAUUCAUAGAUUUAAAACAGAAA